GUUUACGCGUCCCCGGCCGAUCGCUGUGACAUGGCGCUCCGUGUUUACUAGGCUGUUUUUAAAGUGCGCCGGUAAUCUGAGUUCAUCGGCAGUUUCUCGCGCAAAAUGUGGCGUUUAACGUUCGCCGCGUCGAUCGUGUGUGUAUUGUUCGUCGGUGUGUUUGGUAACGAUGUCGUUUCCUCGUCGCUGGUGAACACGAACGUUGAUAGGAAUGUGGACCUGCAGUCGCAACUCGUUAAGAUUAGCACCAAAAUCACGGCCGAAAAUAAGGGUUCCACGCCGGUCAAACACUAUCACAUCGCCCUGACCGGCGAGGAGAAGCACCACUUGGCUUUCGUUGGCGCAGGGAUCGCCACUGACAAGGACAGCGAUCUAAAGAUCACGGAAGUCGCCGUGCCUGCCCAAAAGGGAUUCCACCACUACCGCAUCGAGCUGCCCACUCCCCUCGCUCCUGGCAAGUCGGUGAAGUUGGUGGUUGAAACAACCUUCACUCAUCUGGUCACUCCCCACCCCACACACAUCACCCAGGCCGAACGCCAGCUCGCACUCUACCAGGGUAACCACUACCUCUUGAGCCCCUACGUCACUGAGUCGCAGGUCACUCGGGUGAGCCUGCCCACCCCAAAGCUUGAGUCGUACUCGAAGCUCAAGCCGGUGACGCACUCCGACAACCUGGUUACCUAUGGACCCUACGAGCAAGUCAAGCCUUACACUGAAGACAAGCUGACCGUGCACUACGAGAACAACAACCCGUUCCUCACUGUCACGAACCUCGAGAGGGCCAUCGAAGUCUCGCACUGGGGCGUCAUCUCUGUUGAGGAGGUCAUCGACCUGCGCCACACCGGGGCCAUCCUCAAGGGCUCCUUCUCCCGUUACGAGUACCAGAGGGACCAGAAUGGAGUCUCUUCAGUCAAAUCGUUCAAGACCGUACUGCCAGCUUCGGCCAUGGACGUCUACUACAGAGACGAAAUUGGAAACAUUUCAACGAGUCACAUGAGGGUGCUGCAUGACGCUGUGGAGCUGGAUGUGCGCCCGAGGUUCCCACUGUUCGGUGGCUGGAAGACCCACUACAUCCUCGGCUACUACGUCCCCACUUACGAGUACCUUUACAACUCGGGUGACCAGUAUGCCUUGCAGAUGCGAUUCGUCGACCACAUCUUCGAUGACAGUGUCAUAGACAAGGCGACUGUCAGGAUUAUCCUCCCAGAGGGCGCCACGGAUAUCAAGCUUCGCGUGCCAUAUCAGGUCAAACGCCUGAACGACCAGCGUCACUACACGUACCUGGACACCAUCGGCCGUCCCGUGAUUGUCCUCGAAAAGACCAACCUCGUCGAGCAGCACAUUCAAGACUUCCAGGUUCACUACAAGUUCAAGAAGCUACUCAUGCUGCAGGAGCCCCUUCUCGUGGUCGUGGUUCUCUACUUGCUCUUCCUUCUCGUCGUCAUCUAUGUCAGGCUGGAUUUCACCAUCAACAAGGACCCCAUUUACGAGAGCAAGCUGCAAGUGAGUGGCCUGCUGGAAAAGGUGGCCGCCACUCAGGAUCGCCGUGCCGACCUGUACGCUCGGCACGACGAAGCUUUGGGCAAGUACAAGGCAAGCAAGGAUUCCUCGGGUUUCCAGGCAUCGCUCAAGAAGAUCAACGCCGAGCACAAGACUCUGACGCAGACCCUGGCCGACUGCCUCACCAGGCUGAAGCAGGAGAGCAUCGAGGCUGCCGAACCGGUGAACGAGCUGCAGCGAUUGGACAAGCUGCUCCGGGAACAGUUCCAGCAGCACGUGGCUCAGCUCGAGAAGUUCAUGGGCGGCAAGAUGAGCAAGCAGCAGUACCUGGACACAGAGGCCAGCAUUCAGAAGAAGAAAGAAGAGCUGGCCGAGAAGAUGCACAACAUCACGGCCACACUCUAGUCGCCACUGCCUGUAGCAGCUUUCUGCCAACUCCCACGCCAUCUUAUGUGUCAGCCGGAACAGCCCGCCAUCCACACUGUUAAAAACAAUGCCAGCUGUUAAUUGUUUAAUCGAGGAAAGUAUGUUGAAUUGGAUGCCAAUGUUGUACCAUAAUGUACAUAGGAUAGCUAACUACUACAGGGUGGGGUGAAUGGCUUUGUAAUAUAAUGUCAUAUUACAUCUUUUGCUUGUGUACUUGCAUAAUAAACAUACAAAAUGCAGUCGUAGGUUUAACAAAAGCAAGGUUAGACAGUGCUAAUUUUUCUCUGUAUAUAGCACUUUGAUUUAGGCAGGCAAGCUGAGCUGAAAUCGGGCAGACAUCUCGCUUUUCGAACAUUUGCUCAACCCACCAAGAGCCACGCUUUCGUUGGCGAAUUUUAGCGUGACGGUGCGGCACGCAUCACUUUGGCGAAUCGCGCCAAGGCAAGCGAAUGUUCGGAAGGCGAGUUAUUUGCACAAAUAGUCCCUGACUUGGUGAAAUUUCACAUGUUCCGCACACUGGCGUGUGAACAAAAAAUACUCUUGAAAAAUGUGAAAGGCGGGGGCUGUUCUGGCUGACGCACCUGGCUUAUUUCCAUGCAGUGUGGGAUCGGUGCAACUGUAAGGGAGCUGAUGGCUGCCCGGUGUGUUACAAAACUUGUGUGUGUAUGGGUGUGUGCCUUUGUGCAAAUGUUCUGUUGAAUUUUUGGGGGUAAGCUUAGAGGGCAUCGCUCAUUUCUUUGUGUUCUAAGCCAUUUUCAUUCCAAAGUUGAAUAAAAGGUCCUUUUUUUUC